AUGGACGGCGUCGUGGGAACUGCGCCGCCCGGCAGCAUGUAUGUCCGUGCCCUCUACGACUACGAGGCCGACGACAGGACCAGCCUGAGCUUCCACGAGGGCGAUGUCAUCCAGGUCAUCACCCAGCUCGAGAGCGGCUGGUGGGACGGCGUGAUCAAUGGGGUGCGCGGCUGGUUUCCCAGCAAUUACUGCCAGGCCAUCACCAGCCCCGACGAGUUUCCCGAGGCUGGCCAGAACGGCCUCAUCACCCAUCACAUCGACGACGACGCCGACGAACACGACAUCUACGACGACAGCGCCGACCAGGAUGAGGAUUCCGAAAGCGAAGCCUUUGGCAGCCUGCCCCUCGAGGGCACCGACAUGGGCGACAAGUCUCGCGCCGACUUCUGGAUCCCGCAGGCCACCCCCGACGGCCGCCUCUUCUACUACAACAUGAUGACGGGCGACCGCAGCAUGGAGCUGCCGCUCGAGUCUCCCGGUUCCUCAGCCGAGACGGGCCCCAGGGACCGCAUGAACGUUGCCAUGCCCGAAAAGACGCGACCGCCGCCGGAAAUGAUGGCCCGCGGGCUGACCCAGGACGAAGACGACGACUCGGCCACUUCCGCCUCCGAGGCCGAAGGCGAAUCCCUGAUGCACGCGUCCAGAGGCUCCAUGCCUCGCACUCGGGGUUCCUUCAGUGCCGUCCUCUCGCCAUCAACGUCAAUGGACUCGAUGAACGGCACCUCUCCCGGCCGGCGGAAGAGGAGCGAUGCGUACGCCCUCGGAUUCGCCAACAGCUCACAGCCGCCAAACAUCGCAUCGGCGACAUCCUUCACGAGCACCACGUACAACGUCCCGCCUACCACCAGCGUGCCCAAAUCCUUCUUCGACGACGGCUCGACGCCGCCCCUCACCUGGAGUCUCCUCGUCACCAACAUGAAGCGCGCCAUCGACCGAUAUCGCGAAGCCGUCACCAACAACGCCCGCUCCGAGUACGUCGCCAGAGCCGAAGACAUCUCCGACCACCUCAGACUGCUUCUUGCCGCUGGCUCAGGGACAACGGAUAACCACUCUGGCCAGCCUUCCAUCAUCUCCACCAACAAGGCGCUCUACCCGCAUUUCCGGGACAUGAUGUCCAAGUUCUCGAAGCUGGUGAUUUCUUCCCACAUUGCGGCCGCCGACUGGCCCAACGCCGAAUCCGUGCAAAAGUGUCUUCAAGAGGCCGACGGCGUCCUGCUUGGCGUCUUCAGCUAUGUCGAGGUUGCCAGGCAGCAGAGAGGGGAGGACAUCCCACGAUUGUUCCCCGGCUUCGUCAUUGGUAGCACCUCUGGUGGAAGCUGGCAGAGCAACGGGCUGGAUUACCACGACCUGAUGUCUCCCAACUUCCUCGACGACGAAGAGGGCGCGUCCGAGCCCACGGCAAUCCUUGAUGGCAACCUGCUUGAGAGGCUGGACGAGCACAAGAGAAUGCUGGUGUCGAGCAUUCGCGAGCUAGAGAAGAACCUGACGACCCCCGAGAAGAUCAUCACGCCCCAGCGCCAUGAGGCCAUUGCCAACAACAUUUGCUUUGCCGGCGGAAAGGUGGUCGAGAUGUUCAGGCCGUGGAUCGCCAUGAUUGAGUCUGUCGACCUGUCCUCUCUGGGCAACACCUUCCAGACGCCGCAGCUGGAGGACUUUAGCAUCAACAAGCAAUCGCUCUACGACAACAUUGCGGACCUCAUUCUCAGCUGCCAGGCUGUUGCUGGACCCUUGGCGGACGAGUGGUCAGAGGUGCGAGGGGAGCCCCUCGAGAGCCGGCUCGACUAUGUGCGCCAAUGCGCGAGAGCGCUCGAGACAAACUCGUCACACACCGGCUUCUCAUUGCAGCUGCUCUCGGAGCAGGUCCUCAUCAACAUGCAGCAGCAGCAACAGCAGGCAGGUCGCCGACCGCAAAGGGGCCCGCUGCAGCGAGGCGAGACGAUGCCGUACGAGAGGCCGCACCAACGGUCAGACUCGAGGACGGCACCGGUUCGGCCUCCGCUCAUCACCACGCAAUCGUACUCCGAAGGCGAUGCCCCUCCCGGAUUCUCCAGAAAGGGCGACUAUUCCAAGGUCAAGAAGAUCUUUGGAGAAGACCCGUCGCCACAGCUUCAGCCCGAUGAGGAUACGCCCGAGUUCCUGCUCCUGGACCACGAACACGAUCUCUCAUGGGAUGCAAAGGCAACCACGCCCACGGUAAAGGGAGGAUCCCUCCUCGCGCUCGUGGAGCAGCUCACGCGCCACGAUAAGCUUGACUCGAGUUUUAACAACACCUUCCUCUUGACUUAUCGAUCCUUCACAACGGCGCGCGAACUGUUUGAGCUGCUGGUGCAGCGGUUCGGGAUCCAACCCCCCGAGGGGCUCUCGCAGUCGGACUAUGAGCUGUGGCGGGACCGCAAGCAGAAGCUCAUCCGGUUCAGAGUCGUCAACAUUCUCAAGAGUUGGUUUGACAGCUUCUGGAUGGAGGACUUCAACGACGAGUCCAAGCAGCUGAUCCGCGACGUGUACACGUUUGCGAGAGACACGGUCAAGUCGACCGAGACCCCAGGCUCGGGGCCGCUGAUGGCCAUCCUGGACCAGAGGCUCAGCGGCAAGGAAGCCGGGGCCAGGCGCAUGAUCCAGACGCUCAACCAGAGCACCCCGACGCCCAUUGUUCCCAAGAACAUGAAGAAGCUCAAGUUCCUGGACAUUGACGUGACCGAGUUUGCUCGCCAGCUGACAGUCAUUGAGUCUCGGCUGUACUCCAAGAUCAAGGCCACCGAGUGCUUGAACAAGACGUGGCAGAAGAAGGUGGCGGAGGGCGACCCUGACGCAUCUCCCAAUGUCAAGGCCCUGAUUCUGCACUCCAACCAGAUGACCAACUGGGUGGCGGAGAUGAUCUUGAACCAGGUGGAUGUCAAAAAGCGAGUGGUGGUGAUUAAGCACUUUGUCGCCGUUGCCGACAAAUGUCGAAGCCUCAACAACUUUUCUACUUUGACGUCCAUUAUCUCAGCAUUGGGCACGGCGCCCAUCGCCCGUCUGAAGCGAACUUGGGACCAGAUCCCUCAGCGCACCAGCGUCGUGUUGGAAACGAUGCGGAAACUCAUGGCCAGCACCAAGAAUUUUGGCGAGUAUCGUGAGGCGCUUCAUGUCGCCAACCCGCCUUGCAUUCCCUUUUUUGGCGUUUACUUGACCGACCUUACAUUUAUCGAGGACGGUAUCCCUUCGGUGAUUAAGAAGACAAACUUGAUCAACUUUGCCAAGAGGGCAAAGACAGCCGAAGUCAUCCGCGACAUUCAACAGUACCAGAAUGUGGGCUACUCUCUUCAGCCAGUUCCCGAGCUGCAGGAUUACAUCUUGAGCAACAUGCAAGCCGCCGGAGACGUGCAUGAAAUGUACGACAAGAGUUUGCAGAUUGAACCGCGUGAGCGCGAAGACGAGAAGAUUGUGAGGGUACUUGCCGAGUCUGGCUUUUUGUAA